AUGGCCGAGAAAAGAAUGUCGCGGUGGUAUUUCGGUGGUUUGGCGUCCUGUGGAGCCGCUUGCUGCACGCAUCCUCUAGAUCUCCUCAAGGUGCACCUGCAAACACAACAGGAGGUAAAGAAGAGGAUGUUUGGCAUGGCCGUGCAAGUGGUAAAGAACGAUGGAGUUCUUGCUCUUUACAAUGGCCUAUCUGCUUCCCUUUGCAGACAGAUGUCCUAUUCCCUGACCAGAUUUGCCAUCUAUGAGACGGUCAGGGACGUGAUUGGAAACAAAAGCCAGGGGCCCAUGCCUUUCUAUCAAAAAGUUGCGUUGGGAGCGUUUGGAGGUUUUACUGGGGGCUUUGUUGGCACGCCAGCAGACAUGGUGAAUGUCAGGAUGCAAAAUGACAUGAAACUACCAGCAGAACUGAGGAGAAACUACAAACAUGCCAUUGAUGGGCUCUUCAGAGUCUUCAGAGAAGAGGGUGUGAGGAAGCUGUUUUCAGGAGCCACCAUGGCGUCCAGCAGGGGAGCCUUGGUCACUGUGGGACAGUUGGCCUGUUAUGACCAGGCAAAGCAGCUUGUGUUGGGAACAGGAAUGCUGGGAGAUAAUAUGAUCACACACUUCCUCUCGAGCUUCAUUGCUGGAGGUUGUGCAACGUUCCUUUGUCAGCCACUUGAUGUUCUAAAGACAAGACUCAUGAACUCAAAGGGAGAGUACACGGGGGUACGACAUUGCUUGCAAGAAACCGCCAAGUUGGGUCCUCUGGCAUUUUAUAAGGGCCUUGUUCCUGCAGGGAUUCGCUUGAUUCCUCAUACAGUGCUCACAUUCAUCUUCCUGGAGCAGCUGAAAAAGAACUUUGGGAUUCGCAUCAUUUCCUGA